ACACAAAAAUUGUAAGAAAUAAUAUAGAUAGAGGAAAAGUAGUGUUGUUUAGGAAGUGAAAAUGGUGACAAGAUCUGCGGCCGGUUCAGUUAUGCUUGGGCUGAGGAUACUUACUCUUGCGGCCUCAGUAGCAACUGUGAUUGUAAUUUCCACUAACAAUGUCAAAUUUUUUGAUGGGUCUAAGUUGAAGUUCCAAGACAUCCAUUCAUUCAGAUAUGUGCUGGCGGUUGCAGUAAUUGCUGCAGUAUAUUGUAUAGUGCAACUACCAUUUGCCAUACACUAUGCUGUAAAGCAGAAGAGAGCCAUCUCCGGUGAACUAUUGAAAGAGUUUGACUUCUUCGCAGACAAGGUUAUUAGUGUGGUUGUGGCAACAGGGGUUGCCGUUGGUUUCGCAGUGUCAAUAGAGUUCAAAGAUUUCUUCGACGACAUAUUCGACGCUGCGGGUGUUCCAAAGAAAGACCCAACGAGAACCACAAACGACAAGUUCUACAAUCGUGCCAUUAUCGCUUCUUCCGUCCUCUCUGUCGCAUUCGUUUCCAUCUUUGUCGUUUCGGUCCUUUCUUCCAUUGUCCGAUCCAAUGCCAAAUAACAUGCAUGUCAAUCAUCCAUGCUCAAUGCUGAUUUGUUAUCAUCAAUUCAAGUGUCUUAUA